AUGUCUCCCUCCGCGAUUGUUCCCGACCCGUCACAGACCGCCCCUCCUGCGGGCUGGAACCCAGAUGCCGCCCAAGUCGAGCAGUCGGUGCCAAACCCCGUAUACCUCUCGACUGAGCCCAAGGAGGACUUUGACUGGAAAGUCAGCCUGAAGGGCAAGGUUAUUGCCAUCACUGGCGCAAACCGUGGAAUUGGUCUCGGGCUUGCGACCGUGUGUCUAGCGAACGACGCCAAAGAGAUUUACUCUCUCGAUCUGUUCGAGCCUGGCGAGGACUUCCAGGCUCUGGCGGCCGCGCAUCCCAAGCGCGUCAAGUACCUUCAUUGCGAUGUUACAUCGGAAGAGAGCGUCAUAAAGGCCGUCGACGAGAUUGUCGCCCAGUCGGGCCGUAUUGAUGGCAUGAUUGCCAAUGCUGGCAUGACCAAGCACCAGCCAGCGCUGAACUUUGACCGUCCUCAGCUCGAGCAGCUGUUCAACCUCAACGUGUUUGGCGCAUAUUUCUGCGCUAAGGCGGCUGCGAACAAGUUCAUCGAGCUGGGCAUCAAGGGCUCCAUCGUCUUCACCGCGUCCAUGACGUCGUACCGCCCAAAUCGCGCCGCACCUUCAGCGCCUUACGGAGGCACCAAAGCCGCAGUCCGCAACAUGGCACAUACACUCGCUAUGGAGUGGGCUUCCAAGGGGGUUCGAGUCAACAGCAUAUCGCCUGGUUUUGUCCGCACACAGAUGACCUACUACGUGGAGAAGGCCCCUGACUGGAACUUGAAGAUGCAGUACUAUGGCGGCAUGCCCAGGCUGGCAGAUCCGCGGGAGUUGGGCGGCGCAUAUGUCUACCUGUUGUCAGACAGUGCGAGCUAUACGACAGGCAUUGACAUUCCAAUUGCUGGCAUUGUUGGCGCAUGGUAGUGAAACGAAUUGUCGAUGAAUACCAUCUGCAUUGGGAGGAGUUUUGGGAUACCCCGGCCAUGGCUCCGGCAUAUAUAAUGACAUGACGCUUGAAUAGACAUGGGAGACUUG